CGAAGCAGAAUCUAAGCGCCACCGCCCAGAGAAUCCUGCCGUUCGCGCCGCCGAAGCGGAAGCUUCCGAUCGCCGCCGCCAAGAGGACACAGGAGUGAGUGCCAUCGAAGCAGAAGCACCUGAAACACUUAAAGAGCUGCGCUUAUAUUUGUCAUUGGGGAGUAUCGUAAUUGUCGGUGAAUUUUUAAACUUUUUACUAGUGGCAACUAGUGACAUAUAUAGCAUCCCAAGUUGGCCAAAAUGGCCACACACACAUAAACUGCAAAGUGGGGAGAACGUCCAAAGAAAGCGAUCAGUUUAAAAGUUGUGAUAGGCAGGCUAUUGUUUCAGCACAAACUCAGCUGAGAGGAACCAAGGAGAGGAUGAACAAAAAACAUGGCAUGGCCUCCUGGUUUGUUUCCAGGACAGUCGUGCGACUGACCUGGAAAGGCAUUGGUUCUGGUUUCAAUCAGGAGACAAUGGUGUAUGUAAUUGUAAUUGUCAUUUUAUUUGCACCAAGAAAUGUGGGCGUACACAGUGGCGUGCCAGGCUAGUUGGAAAGGUAAAAACCCUUAUGCGUGAGCACCCACUAGCCAACCACCAUGUAGGUGAGGUCAGGUGAUGAUGGGAAUGGGGGCAGAGUGAGAUGAGUGAGAAUGGGCAGAGAUGAGGAUCGCGAUGAUGUCAGGAAGGGAGAAAGCAAAGAAGGGAGUGGAAAGUAAGGGAGGAAUCACAAUGAGGUGAAAUGGGUCACAUACUGUUAGAUCCGGCCUUGAGAGAUACGGUGUGCAAAACACCUGGAAAGUUCCUGUGAUGUCAUACGUGACCUGGGCAAGGGAUGUCGCUAAGAGGCAAGAAAGGACAAGAAGACCCUAAUAGGUGCAGGAACAAUACCUUGAUUUGGGCGAGUUGGUUAACUGUUUUCAUAAAGAAGUGCUAAAGACGAAGUUGAAGGAACACAUACGUCAGUCCUGUCGUAUGUGUUCCUUCGACUUUGUGUUUGUCUUUAGUGCUUUUUUAUGAAAACUGUCAGGAUUUAGGAAGCAAGGACUCGUGAUGCCAGACAGUACUUCCGUGAAGUGGCUCGGGUUGGCCUGACCUCGUGCUGCCUCCCACUGCGAUUAACAGAAGGGUGUCACCAAGGGAACCAUCAAGGAGUUUGCACAGCAUACAGACCCUGAAUGUCCUACAUUGUUCAAGAGGUUGCCAGCCAAGUGAUUUUAGGCGUGCCAGGUAUGUCAUGUCUGACUCGCUGCCGACAUGAGCACAUAUGCGGCGUUGCACGCCCUCAAGGCAGUUAACGAGGUGAUGUUGAUGGGGAGCCCAGAUGGCACAGCAGUAUUCCAAAAGAGGGAGCACUAGAGCAGUGUAGAGUGUUUGAAGUGCCGCAGGCCUGAACUGCUUCGUGAUACGAGAGAUGAAGCCAGCGAUUUGCCGAGCCUUGGUGACACCAGCAAUGUGGACUGAAAAGUCAAGGUUAUGUGACAGCGUGACGCCCAGGAUGGUGACGUGUUCAGUGACAGCGGAGAAUCGUUGACUUUGUUCAUGGGGACUGUGCGCAACUUGCUGGAAGAAAACCGGCUAACAGUGCAUUUUGAGGUGUUGAGUGCAAGAUGGCUUGCCAGGGCCCAGCAAUGUAUUUUAUUGAUGCACACUUGCAAGUUAUCGCUUUCCGAUGGUUUAGUUAUGGGAGCUAUGAUGGUUGUGUCGUCAGCAUACUGGACGAGUAGGCACAGAUUGUUCCGUGGCAUGUUGUUGAUGUAGAUGAGAAAUGAUGUCGGGCCAAGUACAGAGCCUUGUGGGACACCGGAUGAUGUGGUAGACCAGGAAAAGUAAACACCAUGAUACAAGACUUGUUGGCUCCGAUUCUGUAGGAAGCGAGACACUCAGGUAUGUAGGGAACCCUUGAUACCAGCGUUAGUCAGUUUUUUGAAGAGGUCUAUGUCAAGCAUGUCAAAUGCACUGCUGAAAUCGAGCUGAACUAGAUCCAAUGCAGUUCAGUUGUCCAUGUGGUCGCUUAAGAAGUGCGUGAUGGUUGCUAGAGCUGUUUCGCAACUGCAGCCAGGACGAAAACCAUGUUUACUGUUUGCUAGGGAGUGGGACCCUUCAAGGAAGUUCAGGAGCUGGCUGUUGACUAUGCGCUCAAAAGUGCGGCAGAUGAUAGACAUGUUUGACACUGGGCGAUAGUGCUUUGGAUAGUCAACUGGCCUUCCAUUACCCUUAUGCAAAGGCGUGACUAAUGUACGGAGCCACUCCUCAGGGCAUUAGUAAAGAAUCGGUUAAGUGCACUGUAGAGAGUUCUGGAUGACAGGACGCAGAUGAGGCUGGGUGCUCUAUAGUAGGCAGGAUGGGCAGUGGGUGGGGCAAUGCAUGGGUGGGCGUUGGCCGUUGGCGGAGGUGAAAUGAUCCGCAAGAGCACCGGCGAUCUGGUGUGGUGUCUCAGCAGGUCGUACAUGAAGAGAAAAGCUGGGUCGUUGAGAUGAACGUAGUUGGCCAACAAAGCACCAGAAGGCUUUUGGUUCGGACUUCGCCCUAUCCUCAAUUUGCAGGAUGUACUGCCGGUAAGAAGCAUAAAUGGCAGCUUUGAGUUUGCGCUGGUGCUCCUUUGCCUGUUGCAGAGUGGCAGGGCAUUGGGAAAGGUGUGCCUUCCAGAAUAGUGAGUGUUUGAUGCGAGCAGCUUUGAUAAUGUCAAUUGUAAUCCAUGGUGACCACUUCCAUUUGGAUGAGCACGAGAAAUAUGGGAUGCACUCCUUUUGGAUUGCGAGCACGAAUGCACACCACAGGUUGUAAUUGGACAGCCAGUCCAAUUCUAUGGUGGUCAUGGUCCAUGGAGCCAAGUGGGUUAGAUGAGUGAGGAGGCCGAGGUCGAGUUGAUUAAAUUUCUAUAUUUUGCGGGCGUGGUGCCCAGUGCGAGGCAAUGAAACAGCAUAGCACAAUUCCACGACAAGGUGGUUGCUUCCAUGAAGCGCUACGGAUACACGAACAGACAGCACACGUGUGAUGUCAGAAGUGAAAACCAAGUCCAGAAAGCUGGCAGCACCAUCGUGGGUAUUGUAUGUGGGCUGGUAGCAAGUUUGAGAGAGGCCAGCAGAUGUGGUAGUCUCGAGCAGAAGGUCAUCGGUACUGUUGCGGGGAACAAGGUCCAUGUGGGUACUCCAGUCAAUGUGGGCAUUAAUGUUGCCAAAUACAGGUGUACUAGUGUAUGCUUGGGUUGUUGCCGCCUCCAGCGACAAGUCGAGCAGGCGAUAGGCUUCCUCACGCGAGGUUGGUGGGCAGUAGACACAUCCGACAAGGAUUUAUCUACGAGCAAGGAAGAAUUCCACAAACAGCACUUCAAGAUCGGUGUGCUCUAGGUUGAGGCACCUGUUGACACGGAAGUAGGACGGGAUCGCCGUCAGAACUCCGCUGCAUCUGCCACGCCUGUACUUUCGGAACACGGUGCAUUCCUCCAUCAAGCCAUGUCUUGCAUAGCAAGAUAGUGGUGCAGGGCGGCAGUGAGGAAGCAAGCGCUUGAAGGUCGAGAGUUUUGUUCUUCACGCUCCUGCAGUUAUUAUACCAGAAAGCGUUAUCUCAUUGGUGCCUAGUUUUGAUUGGGGAGAAGUGGUAUCGGAUGAUGAUGGUGGUGGUGGCGGCUCCACACGGCGGGUUCGUCGAGGUCGGGGCGUCAAAGAAGUUGUCUGGAAGUGGCGGCAGCGAGCAGGCAGAACCAUGGGUCAGUGCAGGCACCUAAACGACGAUUCUGGCGUAAGGUCAUAUGUACACAAUCGCGGUGAAACCACCUGUCACACAAAUCGCAGCACAGCACAGCAUGGUCAUCCCGCACUCGUUUCCCACAGCAGAUGCAAACAGGUUGUCAAGGGCCGGGAUUAGGCGAAAUAUCGCCACCGAGCAGAAGGCACCAAACCACACAGGCCCGGCGAGCAGUGACGGUUAGGACCGAUGUGUAGGAGCACCGACGUGCAGAAACCGCUGAGCCGACGCAAGCAUGUCCGCCAAGUACUGGCAGGUUAGGCCUACAGGCCGGCAAGUUUGAGAAAGGCAUCAAAUCGGGUUGGUCGUUACGUGGAACGUUGAAAAGUGGAAGCAGGAGGGGACCGGAGUAACAGCACGGCUUACUGUAUGAUGCGUAAUCAAUUUGUAGUCUCAGGAGAAGAACAAAUGCAACAGAGAAGCAGAGCCACAAAAAACAACGUGCGCAUGCAAUGGCUUCACUUUUAUACAUUAUCUUAUUUUAUAUAACGUUUUUCACUGUUAAGAAGCCUUGAGAAACCUGUACAGGCACCAUUUCUAAUUUUGUGCUUUCUUGCGUGGAUGGAAAAUUUUCACUUUCGUGACUCUUCACCUUGUGGAUUUCCCCAGAACUGAUUGCCAUAUUUAGUGUCCCUGUGUUUCAUGUUAAUUUGGCCUUGGUGCAUGAUAUGCUCGCCUCUGAGUUUUGGUCAAAUGGUAGAGUCACUGCCUUGGUCUCGGGUUUGAUUCCCGACCAAGGCUAACUUUUCUUGAAUAGUAAAGAUUUCUUCCUGUGAAGCCCAUGUGGGUUUCUUUUGUAAUUUUAAUGCGAUAGCGUGUUGUAGAAAAAUCUGGCAUUUCGGCAAAAAUCAUUCCAAACCAUGCAAACGCAACCACGCAUACCCAAAAACUCAGACCCUCUGUGUAGCGCAAAGAAGUUACUGAAAUAAUUGAAUUUCUCAAAAUAAUAUACAUCAGAAAAAUCGUAAGGUAUGACUUACACACAGCCUAAAGACAUGAAUGCAUCAGAUUGUAAUUGAAUAUACAAGAAAGCAUAAUUCUGUUGUGUAAAAACUCAAACAAAUUGCUUUUCCAGCGCUUAUACUAUUCAUAGACUGGCCAUGGUGUCCGCGAUUUGCAUGCGCCGGCGCACACAAAUCUUGGAGGCUAAGGAGUGGUGCGCCCAGUGCCUUGAAACACCUCCAGAUGACGCUUGCAUCCGCUGCAUUGCGGCCCACACAAGAGGCCACGUUUCUGCCAGAAAGUUCGCUUUUGGGCAUAGCGUUCGGCUCCAGCGUUUUCCAGUAAACUUUAUGGUUACAUAAGCUGCAGUUGCUAGGAAGCAUGAGAAGCAUUCAGGGAUCUUUGAAUGCUAUCGCAUUCCACUCUAAAGGCAAAGCUUAAGUGUCCUCCAAAUUUUUAUGCUCCUUUUUAGUAAAUGACACUCUUCCUUUUUAUUGCACUCAUUAUAGCUCCAUUUGCACUAGGUCCUUUUAAAAAGUUAUGCCUUUCAAAGUUAGUCUAUGAAAGGCAUUACACUCAUUUCAGCAUGUUCAUCAGGUUCCAGAAAAGGUGUUCCAGGGGACCGCUUUAAGGUAAUGACCCUUACGAAGAGAAACAAUUCAUUAGUAGUACUGUGGGGCAGAAAACAAUUAAGUAGGGUGCAAGCAGUUUAAUUUCGCCUUUCCCAGAUAUUGCCUGCCAGAAAUGACUGGAGUGACGGCUCUGUGGGAGACGAUGCUGUAUGCCAUACCUUGCAUUCCUGACCGCAUCAUGCACACGAUACGACCCUGCUUUUACGACCAAGUAAUUAUGCUAGGACAAAAGAAGGCAAACUGUGAGAAACAACCAGAAGACCGCAUUUCAUAUGACUGCUGCAGGAGUUAUGCGAGGUUCAUAGCUCAAAGCAUUCGAUUGAAUGGAAGUUCAUGCAGCAACGUGAUGGCACAAGAGUGGAUUGCUCCACUAGCCCUGCCGCUUUUCGAUUGCCGUAUUAUGGACCAUGCAUUGUGCGCUGGUGCACCAAUACGAGCCCAGAAAGAUUAUUCCGUGUUCCUAAAGACAACAGGAUGGAAGCUUUCCUAAAGUACGCUGAAAGGCCACAGCUGUUUGGGUUGCCCAAGGAAGUAGUACAUUUUUAUCGAGUCUGCUCGGCACACUUCACGGAAUCUGACUACAAGGACCCGGCGAAAACCAAACUUAAGUGGUUGGCUGUGCCAUCCGUAAGGGCUCCAGAGGAGUCGAAAGCUCCAGAUUCGUGCGAAAUGCCAAGGCUUACCAACAUGGAUCAGAGCCCUGGAGUUGCCGCAUUGUACAGCCAUCAAGAAGAUGGGCAAUGUGACGGCACAUUUGUGGAUUGCUCCACUAGCCCUACUGAUUUUCGAAAGCUGUAUGACGGAUCGUGCAUUGUGCGCUGGUGCACCAAUACAAGCCCACGCAGAUUAUUCCGUGUUCCCAAAGACAACAGAAUGGAAGCUUUCUUAAAGUACGCUGAAAGGCCACAGCUGAUAGGGUUGCCCAAGGAUACAAUACAUCGUUACCGAGUCUGCUCGGCGCACUUCACGGAAUCGGACUACAUGGAUCCGGCGAAAACCAAACUUAAAUGGUUGGCCGUGCCAUCCGUAAUGGCUCCAGAUGAGUCGGAAGCUCCGCAGGUGCGUGGGAUGCCAAGGCUUACCAACAUGGAUCAGAGCCCUGGAGUUGCCACAUUGUACAGCCAUCAAGAAGAUGGGGACAGAAAAAAGGAACCUGCCUCUUGCUGCACUCAUGGGAAGUCAACGAAACCUGUGCAGACUGAAACCUCAUGGCUGUUCAGCAGCAGUGUGGAUGUUGCAGUUGAGACAUCAAGAACCAUCGACGUGUGCAAAUCAACCCAGACGUCACCUGUUGCUGUCAAGGUGCACAGGUGGACAGAAACCACAGAUCUCGUUGAAUCCAAGGACAGCGACACUCAUUUGCAUGAGUUUCCUGCUCCACAUGCGUGCAAGAUGCCAAGGGUUACCAACAUGGAUCAGGGCCUUGGAGUUGCCACGUUGUACAGUCAUCAAGUAGAUCGGCAAUGUGACAGCACAUGUGUGGGUUACUCCACUAGCCCUGCAGCUUUUCGAACCCUGUAUAAUGGAACAUGCAUUGUGCGCUGGUGCACCAAUACAAGCCCAGGAAGAUUAUUCCGUGUUCCUAAAGACAACAGAAUGGAAGCUUUUCUAAAGUAUGCUGAAAUGCCACAGCUAAUAGGGUUGCCCAAGGAUACAGUACAUCACUACAGAGUCUGCUCGGCACACUUCACGGAAUCGGACUACAUGGAUCCGGCGAAAACCAAGCUUAAAUGGUCGGCCGUGCCAUCCGUAAAGGAUCCAGAUGAGUCGAAAGCUCCACACAUGGGUGAAAUGCCAAGGGUUACCAACACGGAUCAGAGCCCUGGAGUUGCCACAUUGUACAGCCAUCAAGUAGAUGAGCAACGUGAUGGCACAUCUGUGGAUUGUUCCAAUAAACCAUCUGCUGUUCGACUGCCAUAUUACGGAUCAUGCAUUGUGCGCUGGUGCACCAAUACAAGCCCACGAAGAUUAUUCCGUGUUCCUAAAGACAACAGGAUGGAAGCUUUUCUAAAGUAUGCUGAAAGGCCACAGCUGUUUGGGUUGCCCAAGGAAGUAGUACAUUAUUACCGAAUCUGCUCGGCACACUUUAUUGAAUCGGAUUACAUGGACCCCGCGAAAACCAAACUUAAAUGGUUGGCCGUGCCAUCCGUAAAGGCUCCAGAUGAGUCGAAGGGUGACGCUGCCAGCCUUGGGCAUCAGCAGGAGCUGCCACCUCAACCAGGGCCAUCUGGCCUAUAAAGAGAUCCUGUCAAGUCCACCUGCUGCUUCAGUGAGGCUGCUUCCCAGUCGACACAGGCGGAGCUCCUUCACGCGUGGAUUUCCUGGAAGGUGCAGUCAGAGAAUGUGGCAUUCAACUACAUGGCCACUCAGUUCACUCAAUAGCAGCCAUUGCAGCCCAUCUAAGUCAACAGCAACAACAAGCAACUCAAUCAGCAACCGUAGCCGGAGGGAGGUGCGAUGUGCAUUUUCAUGCAGAAUUCCUUUCAUGCUUCAUCAUGGCGAAUUGCACUCCAAUCAAGAGGCAGCUCUGCUACGCUUCAGGACGUGACGAAGCAAGGGGUGAUUCUAGUCCCUGCGAGUUUGACGGGAGCCAACCUUGAAGUGGUGCCACAGUGUCUCGCAGCUGAUGACUCCUUCUGCCAGAGGCAACUGCCCAGCGCAAGUGGGAAUUAGUGCCAUUUUUUGUGAAGAGGCAAGCUCUCCCACUGCCGCAGUGUAGUGAACGGGUGUUGCAUAUUCCUGCACAUUUUGCUUGCAAGAAUUUCAGGAGAUAAGAUCCCUCACCGCCGAUGUGGAGAAGUGGCCGUGCUUGCAGCCAUAUCACUGUCACUUGUGCUCUAACCAUUGUUCAGGCUGGAGCACAGCACAGACCCAUCUCAAGGAAUGGGGAAUGAAGUGUUCUUUUGGUGGGCACACGAUUGGCACAAGGACCUGAAAGAUGAUGCGACACGUAAAGUGGCACAUGACUGUAAAGCAGUUCACAUCCAGCGUCUUCCAAUUAUCCUUCACAAACGAGUAUUAUCUUCUGACGCAUGUUCGAUGGCGCCACCUGGUGCAAAAGUUGUACAAGUGUGGCUGGUGUCGAAAGCGAUACUUUGUGAGAAAAGUCUGCGAAUUCAUGUUGGUCGACUCACUGGUGAGCAGCUUGGCUGCUUGACUAGCUUCGAGGGCAAGUCGACAUUCGAGCGGCACAUGUGGUAUCAUGAUUGCUGAGAAACAGCAGUGUACAAGUCUGCUGUGUGCUCACAUGUGUUUGUGAAUGAGUGGAGCCAAUCCAACCGGGUCUUCAUUGCUUUCAGAUUCAAGCUUUUCAUUUCAUAUGCAUUUGUGCAAACUCGGAACUGUCUCAAAAAUCUUUUACUGAGCACAGGUUCAGCUUGACCCCUGACCUUUUGCAGUCUGAUCCCUUUGCAAGCAAGCUGCUGAAAUUUGGUUUGUAUUGUCUUGAAUUGACUGUAAAUCGGCAUAUUAUGGUGUUGCUCGGUGAGGUAGCACCAUGUAUAUGCCCGUCUAGUAUGGUUUAGCAACUGCGCAUUGUUGGCUCUGUGCAGCGAGAUGUGCAUGCAUUGUAAAUUGCAUUAAUUAGUAAUUAUGUAAUUAACACUUAUGGGGAAGUCUCAGCACCAAGGACCCAGGUGGCUGUGCUCAACUGCCGCUAAACUGCUGUUCUUCCUCUUCUAUGCCACACAAUCUCACUGGGGCUGUCCGCUCUUGCACACUCAACACCAUUUCCCCACACACUGUAGUAGCUUAUUUAAGACUUGCAUUAUCUUUCAAAAUCUUGACACGGUGCACGUCAUACACGAGUGAGGCAUAUAGCAUUCUGCUGACAAUGUGCGCUGUGCCAUGACUCCUCGGGUUGCAAAACCACCGACUUCAUUUAGAAAUAUGUACAGUAAUUAAUAUUGCAUACCAAUAUUGUUGUUACUGAUAUUUGUUUCUUUUGAUACAUAGGUUGGUGCAAGUGCCCUUGUGUGACAUUCUUGCUUUGCCUUGAUUUUUUUUUUUACCUUCUCAAGGCCUACUACAGUGCAGUCAACUUAUAACGAUAUCAAGAAAUUUUAUCGUUAUAACCGAUCAUUGCUAUAUCAGGACUGCCAUAAAGAAAGAAAAAAAAAAGCUGCUGAACAUACCUUUGUAGCUUCGAAACCAAAUUUGCCAUGUACUAUAAAAAAUUGGCAUUGCAGAAAGUAGGCUGUGAAAAGUAAAACAUUAAUUUAUACCUCUAAGCAGCACGUCAAGCGUUAGGAAAAAAUAGUCAGUUUCAGGUUCACAACUGCAGUGUGCAUCGCAUCCAGCAACUGCGCGAACACUGGCAGCUAUAAUUUAGCAUGCAUGAAAUCAGUGAGCAACUCUAUCGACGACAGUGCACUUUGCGUGAACAUUGGGGUCGGUGUCAAAGACGGGCCACUGUGAAUCUUGUCGCUGCUGCUGCUGUCGUCGCCUCCAUCGCACCAUGCCACUGUCUGUGUCGCGACAAUGAUCGCCUCUUUGGAGAUUCUUCGCAGAACGAGGCAGCGCUAUCUGCACUAAGGAACUCCUGCACCGAAGCACCACCUAUUUCAUCGCCAGUAGCGAUGUGUUCCCAGAGUUAAUGUUAGCGGCUGCCACCGUGUUGGUUCCACACAUGGGGGGUUUCACCCUGGUGCACGAAGCCCGCCGUUUCCAUUGGUCGACAUGGUCACUGGUUCUAGCCUUCAUAAUUGUGGUGGCGCUCACAUUUUUUAGAAUCGUCUGUAUCGUUGACUGCGCGAGCUCGUACUUCGAGUCUUGCAAAAUUUGCAGCUUCGGCCCAAGCAACAUAGCUUUGCGCUUUGUCGGUGCACCGACUGCUGCUUCCGUGGCGCAUUUCCGCGCUCGCUGAGAAAGAGACGUAAAGUCCAUCAGUGUAGAUAUUUGGGCUUGUUGGUGUAACAUUUUGCAGUUUUUUUUGUGUAGCGCAAACAGCACAAGGACAUAGAGGAGAAAACAGACGCAUACAAGUGCGAAUAGGUGGAAUAGGGAGACUGUAGAAAGGGAGUGCGGGCACGGUCUGCUUCCUGCUUUCUUUUUUUCUCUGGACGCUUGCCGGCGAUGUGGACGUGAAGCAGCUGGUGCCAUCUUGUGGCAUGCUGCACUAACUUGCGAUGCUCUCCGUGGCUUUCGCAAUCGGUGCGCUGGCGGGACAUGCCGUGCCAUAAUGACAGCAGAUACGAACUCGCAUAGGAAAACUUUUCGCCCUGUCUCGGUUAAGCGGAACUUAGCAACGCAAAUUUCACAAUUAUUUUGCUUGGAAAAUGCUGCCCAAAAGGCAGAAUUUCAAUCGUUAUAUCCGGUAUGCAGUGAAUAACAUAUCGUUAUAUACGGAUUUUUUUCUCGUAGCCCUACUACAUAAGUUGAUACUCGUAAGUCGACUCAUCGUUAUAAUCGGUAUAUUGUUAUAUGUGGUUUCGUUAUAAGUGGGCUGCACUGUACUACUACUCUGUUACACAUUUUUCAAUUUCACUUAGGAUCGGUUUGCUUUGUAUAUUUAUACACAUUGCUUUCCUACUGCUACCAAGUUCUUAGUCCUGUCCCCCACAGUGUCCUUGUGCCAUUUCCUGUGAUAAGUUACCAAACACGUGCCUCAGAACCAACAUCAUUCAUCAGGAGGGACAUCAUUCGCAUUGCACAAACCUGAACCACUGAGCCGCUCGUCGUUCCUACAGGACACCAAGCUCGACGAGAGGCUCUAGCGAGGCAACUGUCUCAUGUACAUAAGCACUCACCACUUCUCUUAUCAUCAUCAUCCAUCCCAAUACUUUCACUCCCCUUCCCUCUUCCCCAGUGCAGAGUAGCAGACUAGAGCGCACUAGCUCAGGUCGACCUCUCUGUCUUUCCUAUCAAUAAAUUCUAUUCAUUCAUUCAUACUGAACCACAGAGCCCUAACAGUCUCUGUAGUGCUCUGUUUCAUAGUUCACAGGCCAUUCUGCAUGAGCAAUGAGAGUAGUGGCAUUGUAAAAGUCUCACUUCGUGUGUUUCACAGUGCACUUGUUUAGGAUCUGUGACACUUUCUAUGAAGUAGCUACUUUGCAUAUUACAAGUACAACUUGUAGUGUUGAGGUUACGUCGUCACAUAUUUGUGUACAUUUGUGCUUCCAGUAGCGAAUGCACUAUGUUUUGGUCACGAGCACAGGCUGUGCACUAUGGCCACUGAUGACAGAAACGUGUCACUUCUCUUGUUUGGUAGUAAAUAGGUUCAGCUCUGUGAUGCCUUCCAUGUUAUAAUUAUGUGAUAUUUUGCUACAUGAGAUAGGUGACAUAAUGCUGCGUUGAAUUACACGAUGCAUACCUAUAUUUUUCUUUCACAUGUUAUGCACAGUUUUUUAUUGCAAGUGCAAGCAGUGAGAGUAGUGUCACCUGCUAUAAAGUAAUAUAUGACCAGUUCACACCCUCUUCAUGAGGAGCAGCUCUGAAAGGGAAACAGCGACUCUAAAGGUGCUGCUGCGUUGCAUGAAACAUGCCUGGUUGGACACAAAUUGUGACUGGGUGACAUGAUGUACUGUGUGAUGUUUUGUGUGUAUUUGUGACACUGACAGCAUGUGCGACAUGUGACAUUGUGAUACACAGUGUGUGUCUACACAAAUGGUCUUAUGUCAUCCUUUAUCUUCCAUGCCACAUUUCCCCUUCCCUAGUACAGGCUAGCCAGCGAAAGAUUCUGUGGCUAACCUCCCUGUCUUUUCUUUUUUAUCUCUCUCUUUGCAUAUCACUUUCUGACAUUUGAUACUAUAUCAUGACCAAGACAAAGCGACAACACGGAGUCAUGGAGUCAGCAGUUGUUGCUUUAAGGGUGCAAUCUGGAAUAGACACCACCUUCAUAAACAUGCAGAUUUGGAUAGCAUUUAUUACUGUGCGUAAUGAAAAAAAUUUGUUCCAACUUUUUCUUUUCAA